CAGCGGGUUACAGUGGGGCGUCGUCCUCCCCACAGCGCAUCGACCGCUAAUCGGCGGGGAAGUGCCGGACCGGCCGCUGGAUCUGAACCUCACCACAGCUCCUGGGUGUCAGUCACCAAAGACAUCAAAAAAAGAAAAGUGACAAGAACAAGAUAUCUGGGUAUCUUCACAUGCUUCCAUUCCAUCUCAUCAGUAAGCCGCAAUGAGAUCCAAGCCGAUGCUCGAUGCCGAACUCCGACCCCCCAUCGACGUUGAGUGAGGAGACGCCCGAAAUUUGUUUCCUCCCGGCGCCCAAAUCUAUCUCCGACCACCUCGGCCCUUUCCGACCCCCCAUGUUCUGGUGACGUAGAACACCACUUGGCGCAGCCCAAACGGAAGGGACCUGUUGAUUGCAAGAUCGGAUGGCAGAUUUGCAUGCCUGCCUGUCGCGCCCGCAUCCGCGCCGUGCCGGCCGGGUGGGUUGGACGACGCUGUGUUUUGGUAGUCGACCUUCCCUUUGCCACGGCGUUGAGACAGCGAAUGCUUUAAGACCAAAGGGAUUGUUUUGUGUUUAUUUGCGGUUGCGAUACCGGUCGUUGAGUCUUGAUUGCUUUUGUGCCGGAGGCAUUGAAGCAAGAUGAGGAACUUGGCCAGUGUUGUUGGACGGCGCGCCGUUGCGCUUUCUUCGAGGGGAUCGUGUGCAAGACAGCUUCAGUCGAGCUUGAGGAUCGAGGCGACGACAUCAACCUCACAGCCAAAUAUUACCAUUAACUACGCCCAGAGCAGGUUUUUUUCUCACACGCGACCGUGGAGGAGAGAGAUUCCGGUUUCUGAGCCCAAAAGAGGAGGCUCCAAGGUGUGGGCGUCAGCAGAUGAAGCCGUGGCCGACAUCAAGAGCGGCUCCGUCCUGCUCAGUGCUGGAUUUGGCCUUUGCGGUGUAGCUUCAACCCUCAUCGCCGCCAUCCGCCGCCGCGGCCCCGAAUCCCUCCACUCCCUCACCGCAGUCUCCAACAACGCCGGCUCGGAAGGUCGCGGCGGCCUUGCCCUCCUCACCGAAAACGGCCAAAUCGACCGCAUGAUCAUGUCGUACCUCGGCGCCAACAAAAAGCUCGAAAAGCAAUACCUCACGGGCCAGAUCGCCGUCGAGCUCUGCCCCCAGGGCACCAUCGCCGAAAGAAUCCGCGCCGCCGGCUCGGGCAUCCCGGCCUUCUUCACCCCCACCGGAGGCAACACCCUCAUCCAAUCCGGCUCCCUCCCGACCCGGUACUCCCCCGACGGAACCGUGGUCGAGUUUUCCGCCCCGCGAGAAACCCGCAUCUUCAACGGCAAAGCCUACCUGAUGGAAACCGCCCUCCCCGGCGACGUGGCCAUCCUCCGCGCCUGGAAAGUCGACAAGGCCGGCAACUGCGUUUUUCGUCACACGACCAAAACUUUUGCCCCCUUGAUGGCAAAGGCUGCCAGGAUUGCCAUUGUGGAGGCGGAAAAUAUUGUUGAGGUUGGGGAGCUCGACCCGAGCGAGGUUAAUCUCCCGGGCAUAUACAUUGACCGGAUCGUCCCAGCGACCGAACGCCCCCAAGUAGAAAUUGUCAAGACCCGCUCCCCACCGGAAUUCUCCUCGUCGCCUCCAAAAGAGGAAGCACCCGCUCAGGCGAAAAGAAACCGCAUCGCCCGCCGCGCCGCCAAAGAGCUCAAACCAGGCUUCUACGUCAACCUCGGCGUCGGCAUCCCCACCCUCGCGCCUUCUUUCCUUCCCCCGGGGCAGGAAGUCUGGAUUCAGUCGGAGAAUGGCAUCCUCGGCAUGGGGGAUUACCCCCUCCCGGAAGAGGUCGAUCCUGACAUUAUCAACGCCGGGAAAGAAACCACCACCCUCGUCCCCGGCGCCUCGACGUUUGACUCGAGCGAGAGCUUUUCCAUGAUUAGGGGGGGACACGUAGAUGUUUCCAUCUUGGGGGCGCUGCAGGUGAGUGCGGGGGGGGAUUUGGCGAACUAUAUGAUACCGGGCAAGGUGUUCAAGGGGAUGGGGGGGGCGAUGGAUUUGGUGAGCAAUCCGGAGGGGACAAAGAUCGUGGUCGCGACGGAGCAUACGGCCAAGGACGGGACGAGCAAGAUUGUGGCGGUUUGCGGGCUGCCGAUUACGGGGAGGGGGGUGGUGAGCACAAUUAUCACUGAUCUGGCGGUUUUCCAGGUCGACAGGAAGAAGGGGACGCUCACGCUGACGGAGAUCGCGCCGGGGGUGGAUGUCGAGGAGGUGAGGAGAAAGACCGAUGCGGGCUUUGCGGUGGCGGAGGAGUUGAUUGUCAUGGAGUAGGCGAGAGGUGGGAAGCAUGAUGGCCUGGUGUUGUUUUGUCAUUGUCAUUCAUGAACAUGUAUAUACCAUACCGUCUUUUUGCAAUAAAUACAUGUCAAACCUCUUGUCUCUCUC